AUGACGGAAAACCCCAUAAAAUUUCCCAAAAAUUACUACCGUACCAUCCUCGCCCUCAAGAGUCAAGACGGAGCCCACGUGCAGAAACACAGUGCGCGGAUCCAGCGUGCACUUGGCGCUCUUGCACUCCCAAAUUUGAAGUUCCAAACCUCUCACGACGUCGGUUUUGCAAAUUAUCUUCGAAAUCUGCCACCUCCUUCGCCCAUGGCGUCCGAUUCUCUUGGGACUCGCAUCGAUCAGUUUUUUGCGUCGAGGAAGAGGAAAUCUUCAUCGCCGAAUUUGAAGUUGGGGAUAAUCGAAAAAGAUGCAAGAAGCAAAGCAGAAGGGUCUCCCAGUGCGAAAGGCACUUUGGAUAACUACUUGGUGAAUUCGCAGGAUGAAAACUGUGUGCGCGGCCUCUUGGUUAAAAGAAACUUGGCAUUGGGGAUUAAUGAAGUUUCGAAAGAUGAAAAGGAGGAAUCUUUGUCUGGUCGAUUGUGUCCGGAAAGCUGUGAAGUGCGUGAAGUGGUUCGGAAGGAAGUGUCUCAAGGUUCGUCAAAUGCUGGAAAUGUGGGAAAUGUUGCGGUUGAACGGGGUGCGAAGGAUUGCCUGGAUGUGGGGAAUGAUGUGGAGAAUUUGGAAUUGAAACAGUUUACUACUGAUUUCUUGUCUCUUGAACUUCAAUCAACUGCAACUUCACCAUCAAAGCCAAAGUUGAAUGACCAUAAGCGACAUGGUAGUCCAUUCUUAGUGGAUUGUGACGAUAAAACAUCCAAGAAGAGGCUUUGCAUGUCCAAUCAAUUCAAUUCUGAAGUUGAAACCCCUUGCCCGAUUGGGAAGAAGCCGGAAGAUGAGCAAUCUGCUUUUCUUGUUAAAAACGGAGCAUUUGUUUUCAAUUCUUUCGGAGAGGUAGCCGCUGGCAACAAUCCUGUGCAGCUUCCAGCCAGUUUGAGAAAAUGCAACAAAAUAGCUAACUCAACUGUAAAUAUGACUGAAUGCUGUACACCGAGCUCAUCAAUUUGUAGAGCACGUGGUAGUGAAGGUCCCAAAUCGACACGUGGAAGUUCCAUCUUUUCACCAGGAGAUGCAUUUUGGAAUGAAGCAAUUCAAGUUGCAGAUAGUUUAUUUUCUGAAGCUGACAAUCCUCUUAUCCCGGCAGCUGAAAAUAUCAUUAAUGGAAAGUGUGGCAACCUAUCACGGGCAUUGUUAAAGGAAGCCAGCAGUAGAGGUCGUUCUUUGGAGUUGAUAAGGAAGCAUAUGGAAAAAGUUUCUCCACUGCCUGUCAAACAGCUUGACUUUCUAUUCGAGGACAAGAACUUGGAUUUUAGUACCCCACCAUGCGUUAAAGAUAAUUCAAAUGUGGACAGAAGCAGUGAAAAUUCUGAGUGCGGUUCUGUUAAUAUCAAAUACGUACGAAGUGGUAAUAUUGUAACAUAUCAUAUCAAAGAUGAGCCAAAGGAAGAGAUGCAUGAAGUAGAAGAGAGAACAACUGUCGAUACAGUGACUGCAGAGAAAGUGGGUUUCCCAAAUCAUGAUGCCGAUAACAUUGUAUCUCAUUUGCCAAUUGCAGAGAUCAGGAAUGUAAGUGAUAAUAAUAAAUUCGUUGAAGCUGGAACUCCUUCAAGUUUUGUGCCACUUAAGAACCAGUUCGAUCUUAGCAACUGGCUUCCUCCAGAAGUAUGCAGCAUAUAUAAAAGGAAAGGAAUUUCAAAAUUGUAUUCUUGGCAGGUUGAUUGCCUUCAAGUGGAUGGUGUUUUGCAGAGGCGAAAUCUUGUAUAUUGUGCAUCUACAAGUGCUGGUAAAAGUUUUGUUGCAGAAAUUUUGAUGUUGCGACGGGUUAUAUCAACUGGAAAGAUUGCGCUUCUUGUACUUCCCUAUGUAUCAAUUUGUGCAGAAAAGGCAGAACAUCUUGAGGGCCUUCUGGAACCUCUUGGUAAGCAUGUCCGGAGUUAUUAUGGCAACCAAGGUGGAGGAACGCUUCCUAAAGAUACUUCUGUAGCUGUCUGCACAAUAGAGAAAGCAAACUCCUUAAUAAACAGAUUACUGGAAGAGGGUCGUCUAUCAGAAGUUGGGAUCAUGGUGAUAGAUGAAUUACACAUGGUUGGUGAUCAGAGCAGGGGUUAUCUUUUGGAACUUCUGCUGACAAAGCUUCGUUAUGCUGCUGGUGAAGGCAAUUCAGAAUCCAGCAGUGGAGAAAGCUCAGGUACAAGCAGUAAGGGUGAUCCUGCUCAUGGUGUGCAAAUUGUUGGGAUGAGUGCAACCAUGCCCAAUGUUGCAGCAGUUGCUGAUUGGCUUCAAGCAGCACUAUAUCAGACAAAUUUCCGACCAGUUCCACUAGAAGAAUAUAUUAAAGUUGGUGACACAAUUUAUGACAAGAAAAUGGAUCUUGUUAGAACAAUUUCAAGAGCAGCGGACCUGGGUGGUAAAGAUCCAGAUCAUAUUGUGGAACUAUGCAAUGAGGUUGUGCAAGAGGGCCAUUCAGUGUUGAUAUUUUGCUCUAGUCGAAAAGGAUGUGAAUCAACCGCCAGGCACAUAUCAAAAUACCUGAAGAAGUUUUCUGUUAACGUUCAGAAUGACAGUGAGUUUGCUGAUAUUACUUCAGCCAUUGAUGCACUGCGAAGAUGUCCUGCAGGAUUGGAUUCAACAUUGGAUGACACUCUUCCUUGUGGUGUUGCUUAUCACCAUGCUGGCUUGACGGUAGAGGAAAGAGAAAUUAUUGAGACCUGCUAUCGUAAAGGCCUUUUGCGCAUCUUAACCGCUACAUCUACCUUAGCUGCUGGGGUUAACCUGCCUGCUAGGAGGGUCAUUUUUCGACAACCCAGAAUUGGUCGUGAUUUCAUUGAUGGGACAAGGUACAGACAGAUGGCUGGUCGGGCUGGUCGAACUGGCAUAGAUACUAAAGGGGAAAGCGUACUAAUUUGCAAACCAGAAGAGUUAAAGCGAAUUAUGGGACUUCUUAAUGAAAGCUGUCCACCAUUGCAGUCGUGUCUAUCUGAAGAUAAAAAUGGAAUGACACAUGCAAUUUUAGAAGUUGUGGCUGGUGGGAUUGUGCAAACUGCUAAUGAUAUUCAUCGUUAUGUUAGAUGUACUCUUCUCAAUUCUACAAAACCAUUCAGGGAUGUUGUGAAAUCAGCGCAAGAUUCUCUUCGGUGGUUGUGCCACAGAAAAUUUCUUGAAUGGAAUGAAGAUACUAAGUUAUAUAGCACAACACCUCUUGGACGUGCAGCUUUUGGCAGUUCUCUUUGUCCUGAAGAAUCACUUAUUGUGCUAGAUGAUCUUUCCAGAGCACGAGAAGCAUUUGUGCUUGCGUCUGAUUUGCAUCUAGUGUACUUAGUCACACCGACCAAUGUUGAUGUUGAGCCAAACUGGGAAUUGUAUUAUGAAAGGUUUAUGGAAUUGUCUGCCCUUGAUCAGUCUGUUGGAAAUCGAGUUGGAGUUUCAGAACCAUUUUUGAUGCGGAUGGCACAUGGAGCGCCUAUGCGUGGUUUAAACAGAUCAAUAGACAAUACGAAAGGCUUGCGUGCCAGCAAGUAUCAAGACCAAUCAGGGGUUACAAACAAAAGUGUGAUUUCAGAUGAACAGACACUUAGGGUGUGCAAAAGAUUUUAUGUUGCUCUUAUCUUGUCGAGACUUGUGCAGGAAGAACCUGUACCCGAGGUUUGUGAAGCUUUUAAAGUUGCUAGAGGCAUGGUUCAAUCUUUACAAGAGAAUGCUGGAAGGUUUGCAUCUAUGGUUUCUGUGUUUUGUGAAAGACUCGGAUGGCAUGAUCUUGAGGGCCUGGUUGCAAAGUUCCAAAAUCGUGUUUCAUUUGGAGUGAGAGCAGAGAUUGUGGAGCUCACGAAUAUUCCAUAUGUUAAGGGUUCUCGAGCAAGGGCACUCUAUAAAGCAGGGUUGCGUACACCUCAAGCUAUUGCUGAAGCAUCUAUUCCCGAAAUAGGCAAAGCACUUUUUGAAUCUUCAUCAUGGACCAGACAAGUUGAUGAAAUGGCUGCAGAGGGUUCAGCACAAAGACGCAUGCAAUUGGGAAUUGCAAAGAAAAUCAAGAAUAGUGCACGCAAAAUUGUCCUCGACAAAGCAGAAGAGGCAAGGCUUAUUGCUUUCGCAGCUUUCAAAUCACUUGGAUUCAAGGUUCCGCAGUUUUCUCCGCCUUUAUUAUCCAAUGCUUCUGAAAAUCUUGUUGAGCAAGGAACUGCGGGCACCUUGUUUGGGGAUGACUCCAAUAUUGUUUUGCAUGUGGACCAAAGAGAUCAUGCUUCAUCUAUGCUGUUCAUAGAAGAAGGUCGUAAGAAUUCUGGUAAAGUUACUCUUGCAAAUGGAGUAGACAAAUUAACAAACACAUUCAGUGUUGGAUUGGAAACUGCUGCGGAAGGAAACUCAAAUAGUCAGAUCCAAUGCAACAAUGGUACUGAAGAUUCUACAGUACCUGCUAAAGAGUCUUCAAGUCUUGGCACUAAGGUUGGUUCUACUGGUGAUCAUAAGAAUAAUUCUACUGGUGAUCAUAAGAAUAAUGCAGACACAAUCCUCUCUGUCCAAUUAGGACAGAAUGGUGAUGGAACUGGGACCAGUGACAGGGUCAUUGAAACCAGAGUGCAGGAGCAAUGUAGUAGAGAAAAUUUAAGCAGUGACAAUAAGGACAGGGCUUGCGAGAGGGGUCCUAUUAAUGCAAGUGAUAUUUCUGGUGGAUUUGAUUCUUUCUUAGAUCUCUGGGAUGCUGCCCGAGAAUACUACUUUGACAUCCACUACAACAAGCGAUCAGAUGUAAGAUCUGUCACCCCAUUUGAAAUACAUGGUAUUGCCAUCUGCUGGGAAAAUUCUCGUGUGUACUACAUCAAUCUUCCUAAGGAUCUACUGUGGUCUCAUAAACAAAGGAACGACUCUUCACCUCCCACUGCAUUUGGUGACAAAAACAGUACUCAACCACCCGAGAAUUGGUUGGAGAUAUUUCAGCAAAGAUGGAACAAGAUUGGAGAAAUAAUGGGAAAGGAAGGUGUUCCAAAAUUUACUUGGAAUUUGAAAGUUCAACUUCAGGUACUCAAGGGUGCUGUUGUUUCCAUUCAGAGAUUUGGUCCUUCUAGGAAAAUCUCCAUUCCUGAACUCAUAGACAGUUCGCACUUAAUGUUGUCUCCUGUUAAUAUUAAAGAAGCAAUCGACAUGUGCAUUGUGGCAUGGAUUCUUUGGCCUGAUGAGGAGAAAAGCUCCAAUCCGAACUUAGAGAAGGAAGUCAAAAGAAGGUUAUCCAGUGAGGCUGUGGCAGCUGCUAAUCGGAAUGGCAGGUGGAAGAAUCAGAUGCGAAGAGUUGCCCAUAAUGGUUGCUGUCGACGUGUUGCACAAACACGAGCCCUUUGUUCUGGUCUUUGGAAGUUACUGACUUCUGAGGGACUUGUUGAAGCUCUCAAAAACAUUGAAAUCCCACUGCGAUGGGAUGUUAAGACAGUACCAUUUGAUAGGGAUUCCGUAGCAUCAAGCUCAGAAAUCGAUCAUGUUGUCAGGGAGCUUGUGAAUGUUCUUGCAGACAUGGAACUUUGGGGGAUGGGCGUUGACAUGGAGGGGUGCCUGCAAGCACGUACUGUGCUGGGGAAAAAGCUAAGGGAUCUUGAGAAGAAGGCAUAUAAGCUGGCUGGCAUGACAUUUUCACUAUACACAACAGCAGACAUUGCAAAUGUUCUAUACAGACAUUUGAAGCUGCCCAUACCAGAAGGAUAUAGUAAGGGGAAAAAACAUCCUAGUACUGACAAGCAUUGUUUGGAUUUGUUAAGACAUGAUCAUCCUAUUGUUCCAGUCAUAAGAGAGCACAGGACAUUAGCAAAGCUCUUGAACUCUACGUUGGGUUCAAUCUGUUCACUGGCAAGGCUAUCUAUAAGGACUCAGAAGUAUACGCUGCAUGGCCAUUGGCUCCAAACCUCAACCGCUACUGGACGGCUUUCAAUGGAAGAACCUAAUCUUCAGUGUGUUGAACAUGCGGUUGAAUUCGAAAUGAGUACUGAUAAAAAGGGGGAUGAUGUUGAGCCUGAGCGUUACAAAAUAAAUGCCCGGGACUUCUUUAUUCCUACUCAGGAUAACUGGCUACUGUUAACAGCAGAUUAUUCUCAGAUAGAAUUGCGGCUGAUGGCACACUUCUCUAAAGACUCCACAUUAAUUGAACUCCUUAGUAAUCCACAUGGCGAUGUUUUCAGCAUGAUAGCCGCAAGAUGGACUGAGAAGCCUGAAGAUUCUGUAAGCUCAGUUGAGCGAGAUCAGACCAAAAGGUUGGUCUAUGGAAUUCUUUAUGGAAUGGGUGCUAACACUCUUGCUGAACAACUGGUUUGUAGCCCUGAUGAAGCUGCAGAAAAAAUUAAAAGCUUCAAAAGUUCUUUUCCUGGUGUUGCUUCCUGGCUCCAUGGAGCAGGUUCUGCUGCUGACAUAAUCAAGAUUGCAAUGAUAAAUAUACACACACUUAUUGUUGGAGGAGUUGAUAGGCCAGAGUCUAGGUCUUUACAUGCAAACAAGUUUCACAUGCUGAAGGGCCGGUGCCGAAUUCUUUUACAGCAAGGUUUGCAUUUAAAUCUGAACUUUGAGUUUCAGUAUCAUUUGAGAAAGUUGAUAAGAAUCUUGGUGGCUACUAUUCAGGUACAUGAUGAGCUAGUGCUGGAAGUUGAUCCCUCCUUGAUCAACGAAGCUGCAUUGCUGUUACAGUGGAGCAUGGAAAAUGCGGCUUCCCUUCUUGAGCUUCCAGCUUUAAUAUUCAUGCUCAGCUAUAUGUUCCCUAAGGAGAUGGAAAAUUUUAUGAGUGCCGCUUGCAACAAGAAGUCUGGACCUGACAACAUUUGGAAGGUUGAAAGAAGAAAUCAUAGAGUUUGGCUGCUGAUCUUGCAAGUGCUAGGGAAUCUUGAGCUCAUAGCUAUUCCAAGUUCCAUCAAUGUCACAUGCCCAGCAAUUGCUAAAGUACUCGUUAAUGUUGGAAAAAAGAAGUUUGGUUGCUGUCUUCAUCCAAAUGACAUUAUGUUUGGUGUAACUAAAGGCAUUAGAUCUCUAACAAGAUUCAUCAAAUGGGUUACAAAGUCAACCAUCUUGAUUGAUAUGGUGAUUGCACAGGUGGUUGGACUAGCUAUCAGGUAUGACCCACUUUCCAAUCCUAUAGCUCUUUGGAGCUUGUCUGUAGGCUUAGCACAUUUUCUUGGUGUAAUAACUAAGUGCCACGUUCUAUUCACUGGAGUUUAUCAUGUGAAUGCCAACAUUAGUGUUACCCAGUUGCUUUCUUCAUAG